UCAUCACACUGGUUUUCCGCUACUGCAUACACUUUCACUUUGUGUUUCCUGUGGUAUCAUUUUAGAGGACUGACAAAUUUAGGUUUUUGCUUUCACAUUUUAAAUAAUGCAGACGUGGACUGUGCCCGAACAAAAUGCUUGCUUUUCUCCUCAUUGUGGCUUUUCAUGAAAUCAUCCUUUGUGCAGAAGAACAUGCAUACCAGCAGUUCAUUGAGUGUGCAUUCAACAGUCAAGGGCAAGUAGACCAUACAUGGAACUAUGGGUAUGAUGGAAAAGACAUCAUGCAUGUGGAUUUGGAGAAGAAAGCUGUGAUUGCUACCAGUGAACCUGGUAAAAUGUUAGAAGAAGAGAGAAAACAUAUAGAGUACAUUAAAAGAAAAGAAGAAAAACUAAAGAUGGUGUGCUCUGCUGUGAAAACUGUCUUCCUAAAGUCCAACAAUUCUCUAUCAAGAGCAGCAAAACCAUCCGUGCUUUUAUCAGCUGGAGGAGAACAGGAUCAGAAAUAUCUUAAAUGUGUUGUGCAUGGCUUCUAUCCGAAUGUCAUCCGAGUGCGUUGGACCCAAAAAGGAAGGCCGGUCUAUUUUGGUGUAUCAAGUACUGGAAUACUCCCUCACAGAGAUGGCACAUUUCAGAUGACCUCCUAUCUUAGCCUUAUUAACAUGAACCCUGACGGGGUUACCUGUGAGAUUGAACACCUAAGCCUUGAUGGGAUAUUGAAGAAAACCUAUGAGGAGAAAUCACACAUCACAGAAUAUGUACUUUGGGCAACGGUUGCCUUUUUCCUCGGAUUUGCAUUGCCGGUGUUCCUAACUGUAAUAUUUAUACGGAUAAGGAAACAAACAACAGAACCACCUGAGGACACAAGUGACGGAUCAAAAGCAUCUUUAUCUUUGAAUUUAAUGAAUAUGUCUCAGGAAACAUAAAACGUGUGACCUUGGACCACAAAACCAGUCAUAAGUUGCACGGGUAUAUCGGUAGCAACACAGUUGUAUUUUUCAAAAUGAUCGAUUUUUCUUUUAUGCCAAACAUCAUUAGGAUAUUAAGUGAAGAUCAUGUUCCAUGAAGAUAUUUUGUAAAUUUCCUAUCAUAAAUAUAUCAAAGAUGUAUUUUUGUGAGUGGAUAUGCAUUGCAAAGGACUACUUUAAAUAUGAUUUUCUCAAUAUUUUGAUUUUUUGCACCCUCAGAUUCCAGAUUUUCAAUAUAUUUGCCUAUCAUAACAAACCACACAUCCAUGGAAAGCUUGUUUAUUCAGCUUUCAGAUGAUGCAUAAAUCUCAUUUUUUUAAAAAAAAAGACCAUUAUGACUGAUUUUGUGGUUCAGGGUCACAUAUGUAAGGUGAUUGUGACUCCAAACCAAUUAUAUUAUUUAUAUAUUGUUUUGACCUCAGACAAUUUUCAAUUUUUAAAUAUGUGUAUAAUUCUAUAGAACUGAAUUACAAGCAUAGUAUAAACAUAAUUUCUGUAUCUCUAUAGACAAAAGUUUAUGCAAGAGAUUUUAAAUACUUGUUGAUCGCUGCUUAACAAGUUUAUUAAUGUAGUGAAACUUUAUUGUAGCUAUAACUACUUGUUUAUUUUGCAUAGUCUAACAUACAUACUUCACAAUGUUGAAAUUAUGGAAUUAGCCAUCAUAUAUUUACACACAAUAAACAGGUUAUUCAUGGCAAAAGCUGUAUAUAUAGUACUUUAGUAGGCUAUUGGAAUAUAUGUGACCCUGAACCACAAAACCAGUCAUACAGUAAGUCGAAUGGUAUAUUUGUAGCAAUAGCCAACAAAAUUAUAUGUGUCAAAAUUAUUGAUUUUUCUUUUAUGCCAAAAAUCA